GUUCGCGAACAGCCUUUCAAAACGUUGUGCGCCAGCGGCGGAAGCGGAUGAGCAAUACAAAAUCCACCAAGUGGAUAUGUGAAGUGAAUGAAGCCAAAGAGAAAGAGAGCGAGCAAGGAGAACAGCAAAGGAAAACAGUGACAAAAAACCAACAAAAAAAAUGUUAGCAUACUUAUUCGAGUUUGUGCUGGUGGUCAAACGUUAGUUAGUUUUUGUGUUUUGCCUGCCUUUGGCAACGACAUCGAAAUUGCCAUUUAAUGAAUUCACAAUUGCAACAAUAACAUGCAAAAAUGUGACCCAAUUCCAAGUGCGAUUGUUGGGCGGAAAGGAAAAAUAUAACAACAAAAACAACAACUCGAUUAAGUCAAAUUGUAAAUGCAUUUGCAAUCUAAACCGAAUUUGUUCUGACAUGCGAUACAAGCAAUAAAAUCUACGGGGAAAAAAGUAGUUGCAAUAAUUAUAAACAAUUUGCAUAACGCUGUGUGAAACGUGAAGCGUUUUGACUUGUGAAUAGUGCGGCAAUUAAAUCGGAGCAUAUAUACUAUAUAGAAAUAUAUGUAACACUUCAGUUGAGCAGCAGCCCCAAAAAAAAAGAAAAAAGAAAAAAGUUUUCCUUUAACUGUGCUGCUCUUUUUGUGAGGCAGCAAACAGCACAGCUGAUUGUCAACGACGACGCGACGCAACGCAACGAGGGAGAGAGCGCGAGCUCAGCUCAUCGCUGCUCAGCUUUCAGCGAACAUGUUGGCUUGUUUGGUUUGAGCCUCAGCCACAGCCAGAGCCAGAGAGCCAGCAACUCCAGUACUUCGUAUAGGAAAGCAUAGCAUACCAUAACCACCCCCAAUCCGUAUUGCCUGCUGGCUAACGUAACGAGUUUCGAGACACGCACGCCAACAGCCAGAACAACUACAACAACAAGAACAACAAGAACAACGACAGAGUUCACGUCCACAUCAACAUCCACAUCCACGUAAUAUAGCCAUAAUCAAAGGUAGCCGUAGCCGUAGCCCAGGUCAACAGCUCGGGGGUGCACGCACGUGUGUGUGUCUGUGAAAAUAUGAAGCUCUCAGACACCAUGGCGACGCCGAUUGAGGAAAAACUCGAUCAAAACUUGAAGGUGCGCUCUGGCAUGGUACAUGUUAGCGAUGGCAAGAGCAGGCCAGAACCACUUAGACUUAACUUAACAAUGGAAUUGUUGACCUUGCAAAAGUUGGAAAUUGUUACGCCAACAAGCUCACAGCACAAUGGACCCCCGAUGGAAUCCAAGGAGCGUAUGGUGCAAAUAACGAGACAGAAGCAAGGCGGCCUUGGCCUCAGCAUAAAAGGUGGCGCUGAACAUAAAUUGCCCAUAUUAAUAUCGCGUAUCUACAAGGAUCAGGCGGCGGACAUCACCGGCCAACUGUUUGUGGGCGAUGCCAUCAUCAAGGUGAACGGUGAAUAUAUCACAGCCUGUCCACACGACGAUGCGGUCAACAUACUGCGCAAUGCCGGCGACAUUGUUGUCCUCACAGUGAAACAUUACCGCGCCGCAACGCCCUUCCUGCAGAAGCAACUAACAAAAGACACGCCCGACUCCGACAACGAUGUCACAUGUGCCGAGCUGAAGGCCGACGAAGGAUACAAGUCAUCCGUAAAUAGCGGCACCAUAAGUCGCAGCUGCAGUCGGCCAAUGUCAAUUUGCUCGGAGCCCGAGAAACGUUGGACUGAUGUGGUGGCUGUGCCGCUAAUGAUGGCCUAUGUCACACGUUACAUCUAUGGCACGGACAAGCUGCGUCCGAAUGCAUUCGAGGUGCGUGGUCUGAAUGGUGUCACCACCGGGGUCAUACACUGUGAUGAGCUGGCGAUACUUAGCCAGUGGUUAAAGCUAAUUACCGACAAUGUUGUGGGCCUUACACAUCUGCAGAUGAAACUUUACAAUCGCAAUUUCGCCGUGGGCGAACGCAUUGAGUACAUGGGCUGGGUCAAUGAGGGAGUUAUCAACAACAAUAUAUCAUGGCAGAGCUAUAAGCCUCGAUUUCUGCUGCUCAAAGGCACCGAAGUGAUGCUAUUCGAAACGCCUCCGCUGAAUGUGGCGGGUAUUAGCAAGGCUUUGGUGGUGUAUAAAGUUUAUCAAACAAUGUUUCGCAUUGUGAAGGAGUCGGAGACAGUGGAUAGCCGACAGCAUUGUUUUUUGUUGCAAAGUUCUGGACACGAGCCGCGUUAUUUGAGCGUGGAAACCCGCCAAGAGUUGCUGCGCAUCGAGAACAGUUGGAAUGCCGCAAUUGUGACCAGCGUAAUCAAAUUGGGCCGCAAGACCUUUGCCGUUUCGCAUCAUGGCAAAAGCGGUGGCUUGACACUUGACUGGCAGGCGGGAUUCUCGCUGACUGAGGGGGCCGACUCCGCUGUGGUCUGGCAGUAUAAGUUCUCACAGCUGCGCGGCUCCAGUGACGAUGGCAAAUCGAAAUUGAAGCUACAUUUCCAGGACAACGAGACGCGGGCAAUUGAGACAAAGGAAUUAGAGUGCCAGGUUCUGCAGAGUUUGCUAUUUUGUAUGCACGCGUUUCUCACCGCCAAAGUUGCUUCAGUGGAUCCGGCAUUUUUGAGCUCGAUACAGCAGACCUAAGCUAUCGAUAAUUGUCACCAUAGCGCUAUCGAUAAUCUGAAAAUCAAAAAUUAAAUAUAUAUUGUAAGCUUAAAGAAAACUAAACAAUUUGUAUUUCAAAAAUACAAUUGAGAUCAAUAUGUUUAAGAUACAAAAGUUUGCGAGUAAGCCAGUUAUAGAUACUAAGUAAUUGCAGUAACAAUUAGUUGAAUUUGAGUUACAUUUGAUAUAUGAAAUUAUUACAAAUAUAAAACAAGAUGAACAAAAAGAAAACGUAGAACGAAUGAUAUACUUAAAGUGAAAUCUCUUGGUGCAACACAGUAAAUUUAAGCGUGCUCUAGGCUUCUUUCCUAUAUUCAAAAGUAAAAAUUAGUUAAAAACGUUGUAAUUGUAAACAAUUGAGUACGAGUACUUAAAUAUAUCUUAUAUAUACAUACAUAUAUAUGACGAACAAUUAACAAUUAGCUAUUAGCAAUUAUAUUAGUAAUAUUUAUACUUAUUAUCAAACUUGGGCUUUACACAAUUACUAAAAACAAAUAACGAAAGCUGCAAAACAUCAACUGAUUCAACUGAUUAAUCGAAUUGAGUGAAAACUCUAGUUAUUUUGGUCAACUAAAAACAUUAUAAAUGGAAAUGGAAACCAUGUGCAUUAUAGUGAAAAUUUAAUUUUCAAUUUUAAUGAAAAUGCAAAUGAAAAUGAAAAUGCUAUUGUUAUUAUUGUAUUAUUACUAGAUAUUUAUUCUACAAAACUUUGCGCUUUUUCAAUUCAAUUCAAUUCAACCGAAUUAAAUCAAUUAUUUACUCAUUUAGUUUUAGGCAUUGUCAUUCGAAGCGCAUACAAAACAAAAACGAAAAAGUUCAAAUUACAUUAAACAUUCUCUCAUUAAUUUAGACUAAUCAAGUUACAUUUUAAACGACAAAUUUUAUCAUUGCACACACAUUGAAACAUUGAAAACAGCCACCGAAAUUCGCAUUCGCAAUUUACAUUCAUAUUUUAUUAGAUUUUACACCCACAUUAAAAGUCAGCCGAUAAUUUAAGUGAUUCUCCAUUGUAAAUAAACAAACCAACCAACAAAAAAGUAACCAAAACAUGAAACCAAAAAAACAGAAACAAAAACAAAAA